AAACAAAUUCUCCAUAUAUAUCUACUUUUCAUCUCUAUUUAUACAAUUUCUUCAAAGCAAGAAAAUUCAAUUCCAUCACUAAUUUUAUUUUCUUCCCUAUGAUAUAUCAGCCUAUAUGGAUUCAAUUAAUUCAGAUCCACCCUUUGAAGAAACAUACAAAAACCUAUUCACCAAAUCUCAAAACAUCAACAAUGAUGAGUUAAUGGUGGAUGAAGAAUGUGAGCUUCCAUUGAUUGAUCUGAGUCGUUUAAACAAAAUAAACGACGACGACGUGGCGAGAGAAGAGUGCAAGUCUAUGAUAGCAAAGGCUUCACAGGAUUGGGGAUUCUUCCAAGUAGUGAAUCACGGAAUUUCAAGUGAGAUUUUGAGGUUGUUAAGGUUAGAGCAAGAGAAAGUGUUUAAAGAACCUUUUGAAAAGAAGAGAAAAGAGGAUAAGCUUUUGAGCUUUUCAGCUGGUAGUUACCGUUGGGGAACACCAAGUGCUACAUGUAUUAAACAUAUAUCUUGGUCAGAAGCAUUUCAUAUUCCUUUGAUUGAUAUACUAGGAAAAUCUACUGGAUCAAACACUCAUUUUAGCUCAAUAAUUGAACAAUUUGCUACCACAGUUUCAAACCUUGCACAAACAUUAGCUGAUAUACUAGCUGAUAAAUUGGGUCUCCAAUCAACUUUCUUCAAAGAAAAUUGUUUGCCCAACACAUGUUAUCUUAGAUUGAACAAAUAUCCUCCAUGUCCUCUUGAUUUUAGAAUGCAUGGCCUAAUACCACAUACAGAUAGUGAUUUUCUCACUAUAUUAUAUCAAGAUCAAGUUGGAGGUUUACAAUUGGUUAAAGAUCGAAAAUGGAUCGCGGUUAAACCAAACCCUAAUGCUCUUAUAAUCAACAUUGGAGAUUUAUUUCAGGCUUGGAGCAAUGGAGUCUAUAAGAGUGUUGAACAUCGAGUUGUGACAAAUCCGAGAAUUGAAAGAUUCUCGGUGGCUUAUUUUUUGUGUCCUUCAUAUGAUACCGUGAUAGAGAGUUGUAAAGAGCCUUCUGUUUACAAGAAAUUUAGCUUUGAAGAGUAUAGACAACAAGUUCAGGAUGAUGUUCAAAAACUAGGUACCAAAAUAGGCCUACCUAGGUUUCUCAAAAACCAUGAAACUAUGUAGUGCAUCAAAUAUAGUUAUAAUAGAAUUAAUAUUGUUAUAUAGUAUUCCGACAACAUUUUGGUCAUGUUAAUAUUGUUAUACACAUUGUUUCUACAUCUACAUCUGAUACUAACUCGGCGCGAGUUAUAGAAACUUAAGCUAUGUAACUACGAAGUACCGAGUUAAAAAAUAAAUGUAUCCCUAAAUUGUAUGAUUCUAAAUGAUGAAAUUGUACACUAAUAAGUGUGUGGUUU